UGCAUACUUCAUUACUUUACUCCGGACCGAACAUGUCCGCAGGCUGCAGAUGUUCCUCGCCAAUCCAACACUGCAGGUACAUUUAUGGCUUGGGGAUGCUGAUGGGAGUCGUGGCUCUCUAGAUAGCCAUCUCCUUCGCUGCUUUCUUCCCCUGCCUUACACAGUGCAUUUUUUCUGCUUACCCCAAUAUUUUGCUGUAGCGGUUUCGUCUGUUUUGGAUGCAUCCCGCAGUCUGCCCGGCUUUACAUUGCGUUUUCAAGAACAUCAUCUAAAAUGGAUUACAGACCUUCAUGACGAACAGUCAUGUUUGCCGCCGCAUCCUUUUAAGCUGUUGACAUAACAUAAUGAAUGGCCAGUUGCCAGAGAGGAGCGAUGGUAUGAAUUAACUCUGAGGUUGAGGAAAGCAGAGGCGCAUGACUGGAAAGGUGGUUUGUACUGCGUACCCUAUCGAGGAAACACAGGGAAAGGGUUUUAUGAAACCCAUUACGAGUUUUCUUCGCGAAGUUGCCUCAGCUUUGUUUUGUAAAGGAGCGAAACGAUGCGCAAAUGGAUAACUGUUCCAUAGAGAUGGAUGGAAGAUUUGGCAACCUUUCCCCUGUAUGAAUCUUUUCAUGGUAACAUUGGAAAGGUGGAACGAGCGGGAAAGCUAAUGACGGACCUAUUAAUCCAUCACCAGAGGGGUUUGGAAACGUUUGGAUGGAAAUCGUGCGGAUGUUUAAAUCUUGUUUUAUACGAAACUACCAAUGAAUAGUUGUGGAUAACUGGAGUCUCCGUAACCGAAUCGACUACAGUGAAAUGAAUGAAAGGGCUGUGAAAUGUUGACAUAUUCGCUGUGAUAUUGCAAAUCUCGAUCUUUUCUUCUGAAAGUAUUCCCAUCUAAAUGGAAUUAGUUGAGAAAGCGCUUUGUGAAAGGAAUAGACAUGGUACAUGGGAACAGGUUCCUUCACGUUGUUGCAGGUCUUCUCAUGCUUGGGUUGUCUGGGGCAACAAAGAAGGAAGCAGUGAAAAACAAUUCAGGAGUGCAGCCGGCAGGUCAGUGUGGUACCUGGGUCAAAGAACCAGAGGGAGGCCUCUUCACCUCACCCAAUUACCCAAACAAAUAUCCACCAGAGCGAGAAUGCAUCUACAUCAUUGAAGCUCCCCCGAGACAAUGCAUUGAUCUUUUCUUUGAUGAAAAGUAUUCAAUUGAACCUUCAUGGGAAUGUAAAUUUGACCACAUCGAAGUGCGGGACGGGCCCUUUGGUUUUUCUCCAAUAAUUGGACGCUACUGCGGCCAACAGAACCCUCCAUAUAUCAGAUCGAGUGGCCGCUACCUAUGGAUAAAAUUUGUUGCUGAUGGUGAAUUGGAAGCAAUGGGAUUUUCUGCAAGCUACAAUUUCACAGCAGAUCCUGACUUUAAAGACAUAGGAGUCCCCAAACCUCUUCCCUUUUGUGAAUUCGAGAUGGGAGGACCGGAAGGCAUCAUUGAAUCACAGCAGAUCACCAAAGAUGGCAAAGCCUUGCAGACAGAAGCAGUGGACUGCAAGUGGUACAUUCGUGCCCCUCCUCGCUCCAAGAUCUACCUGCGUUUCCUUGACUACGAGAUGCAGAACUCCAACGAGUGCAAGCGUAAUUUUGUGGCGGUGUACGACGGGAGCAGCUCGGUGGAAGACUUGAGGAAUAAGUUCUGCAGCACGGUAGCCAACGACGUGAUGCUGGUGACCGCGCUGGGCGUGGUCCGCAUGUGGGCCGAUGAGGGCAGCCGCAAGAGUCGCUUCCGUAUUCUCUUCACUACCUUCCAAGAGCCUCCCUGCGAGGCCAAUACUUUCUUUUGCCACAGUAACAUGUGUAUCAAUAACACACUGGUGUGCAAUGGAGUCCAAAACUGUGUCUACCCCUGGGAUGAGAACCACUGCAAAGAAAAGCGGAAAGCUAACAUCUUGGACAACCUUAACAACACGAACAGUACCAUCAUUGGUGUAACAUGCUGCAUCGUGUUUAUCCUCCUGGUGGUAUCAGUAAUCGUUCAAAUCAAGCAGCCAAGGAAAAAAUAUAUCCUGAGGCGCGAGGACUUCGACCCCACCAUGUUCCAAGAGGUGUUCCAGGAGCCACCUCACUACGAACUCUGCACCCUCCGUAGCACGGCGGCCACCUCCGCAGACCUGGCCGAACUGGCCGAGGACUUUGAAAGCUACCACAAGCUGCGGCGUGCUUCCUCUCGGUGCGUUCACGAGCACCACUGCGGUUCCUCGCAGAUGCCCGGCUCCAAGGGCAGCCGCGCAAACCUCAGCGCCCGAGAGGCGGCGGCGGCCAUACUGACCGAACUCCCACCGCAACCGGUGCGGCCGCUUCCUCCUCAAACCAACCGCAGGAACAUACUGGUGACGAGACACACCUACACACAAGACGCCGCAGAUGCCUGUGACAUGGAUGAUGAUUUGGAGGAGGUUCCUACCACCAGCCACAGGCUCUCCAGACAUGAGAAUGCAGUGCAACGGUUCUGCCUCAUUGGGUCUCUUAACAAACAUGAAUCUGAGUACAACACAACUAGGGUGUAACAGACAAUCUGAAGACUUCUUGAAAAUAGUGCAAUCCUGGAUCAGUACGAACGAGCUUCAAUGAGAUAUGAAAAUGCGGACCGGAGAUUAACACCAGCAUGAUAAAAUAUGGACAUUUUUAACGACAAAUUUGUCAAAACAACCUACUGAUGGACUUGGAUACAGUAACAGUGGAAGUAACUGUGAUGAAAUUGCUUCAAAAACAUAAACCUAAUUUAAGCGUAUUGCAUUUUUUUAUGAUUACUUAUUUAGGAUUGCAGAACAUAACAUGAAGGUUUGUGAAAAUAUUGAUUUGCUUAUUUUAAUUUACAUAAACGACUAAAUGUGAAUUUAUACUUUCAAUACUUAUUGUUCAAGUGCAUGCGUUCAUAUUUUGCCGCUUAAAGUGGUAUUUAUUUAUUUAUUUAUUUUGAUAAUGAUUCUUUCACUCAAGACAUUGCACAUUUGUGAAUUUACUAUUUCUUUUUAUAUUUCAUGUCUGAGGAGACUUUAAUGUUUACAAUAUGCAUGUUUACUUAUAAUUUUAAAGUGAGCAACUGUACAUGUAUGUACAGAAAAUCCAAGAUGAAUUUAUUGUAGGUUUAAGGAUAAAUAUUAUUACAAAUGGAAUGAGAUUUAGCCCCUCCUCCCCUAAAUAUUUUAUUUCAAUACUAACCAACUGCAUGUUAAAGUUAUAAAAUUUAUAACAUACUCUCUAUGAUUAAAUAAAAAAUAUGGGAUAUUUGCAUUGCAUAAAUACCUUUUUGCAACUUUCAUUGUUGUUAUUUAAAAGAAAAAAUUAUGGAUUAAGUUUGCAUUUGCUACAUUUUAGUAGCCCACAACAAACUUUGUAUGUUAACAGUGUUGAAUAUUUUGUAGAUCACUUGUUCAAUAUCUCAAAUGCCAACAAUUAAUAUAAAUUAAAAUGACAUUAAUAAUUAUGAAUGUUGUUAAGUUUACUUUUUAUGCUUUCAUUGCACAAUCAUGUUAUUAAUCUGCAACUAUCACAAACAAUUUAUGUAGAUUUAUCAUGUUAGUGCUACACAUUAAAUAAUGCCAAUAGCUUUGUUUUUGUAAUCACAAAGGAAAGGAUGCGACUAUAGCCAGAUGUAAGGCGUUCAAUAGAGGGCAAGAGCAAGUGUGUAAUAAAGUAAAAGAUUAAUGUUUGAAAUUAUAAUGUUACGUUUUAUUUGAUAAAAUUAUGAUAAUAAAAACUACUUAAAAAUUAAUUAUUCAUAUUAAUUAUAUUAUAGUAAUUUAUAUAUUUUUUUCUUUUCCAUGCUUUUGUCCCUAAAGUAAAUUAAUAAAAUUGAUAAAUGCACAAUAAAUAUUGCAGUAUUUUGGAGCUAAUACUAUCACUGAUAAAGGUUAAUAAUUAAAUAUCACAAAUUAAUUUAAGAAGGUGCUUAGCAGAGCUAAUGGUCCUUGAUUAUUGAAGCCAGGCAUAUAUUAUUGUAAACAGUAAUGAUAAUGUUUCCAAAAUAAAAGUCUUUUUCUUCAUCUGUAUGUUUACUUUCACAACACUUCUGUUUAAAUUUGUUUUAAAGGUAUUUUAAAAAACUUAAAUAAAUACAUUUUUCCAUUCUAUGAGAAUUUUUAGCUUGAAAAGGUUUUAAUUAGCUAUCUCAGUUAAAGACACAAAAGCUAUUUCCAACUUUAUGAGUUCUGAAGUUAAGUAUUUAAAAAAAAGUAUAAUUUGAGUUAAUGCAUAAAAAUGAAUUGAAAUGCUAUUUAUAUAAAACCCAGAUUUGUUGUGUUCUGGGUGCUGUCAGUGUUGAUAUAUUAUUUUUGUUUAUCUAUAGUUUUUUUUCUUAAAUACCAACACAUGGGACACUAAGAUGGAAUCUGAAUUUAUUUUGAAGUUUACCUGAUAAUGUGUUCAUU